AUGGCUACAGAAUUUGCGGAUCGAUUUGAAACUAAUACUGAAAGCGGCCCAAGCAGUCAAACAGUUGUAACAUCAAGCAUCGUAAUUCCCACAACCUCAAAAAGAUCUGGCCGCCAAGAUGCUUUACCAAAACGACGGGCUAGUAACGAGCUUGCUCGUCAGAACAAUGACGAGGCAAAAAGGCCCCGAUUAGACAUGAAUAAUAAAGAAGUAAAGAAACGAAGUAGAAAGAUGUUUGGUGUGUUAUUAGACACAUUAACGAAAUUUAAAAAUGAAAGUCAGAAUAAAACAGAGGCUGAGAUAAAACGUGAACAACUUGAACGAAAACUGCAAGAUAAGCUAAAGAAGGAGCACGAAGAAUUGGUGGAGAAUAUUAGAAGGGAAGAACAAGAAAGGAGAGAAAGAAUUGUCAGGGAAAAAAGAGAAGCUGAAGAAAAAAGAACUAAUGAGACGAAUCUUGCCAAUUUUCUUCGUACAAAUACACAACCAUCUUUGUAUUAUCUUCCGGCCAAAAUGUCUCAAUCUGCAUUGCAAACUAUUGCAAUACAGAAACGACAAGUGGCAUUAGAAUCGUCAUCAUUAAUAUCCCAUAGUGAAAAUGAAAACAAUGAAGAGAGCAGUAUCAUUAAUGAUUUUGAAAUUACUGGAUUCAAUAAAAUUGAAAGACCAGUUGUUAAAACACGUGAAGAAAUUAAAAUGGAAGUUGAUAAACGUGAGGAGAAAGAUGAAAAUAAAUCACCUAAAGAGAGUAUCGAAAAUGAUGCUCAUACAAAAGAAUCGUCGGCUACUGAAGCCAUGGAAACUACGGUAAGUAAUAACGAGGGAAACGUCAACGUUGAGGAGCCAGCGGCCAAUGAAGAAAUCGCUGAUAGCAAAGAUGAUAGCAAAGAUGAUCCCGUUGAAUACUAG